AUGGUAACUUCUCCAUCCACGGGUAACAACGUUCAGUUUAGAUCGUCUCUGUCUGCCUAUGGUACCUAUGAUGCCAACGGACUUCCCAAACACAACAUGCCCUCACCUAAUAUUAACCUGAGCCUCAACACACCCUUGGCUAAUUUGAAUAGCACAACAACUCAGCUACAGCUCAGAAGAGCCUCUCAUGCCGUGGAUCCCACUCAAUCCACCAUUACUCAGCAGCCAUCUCCUGUCACUGGCGACUCUCCAGACCUCAAGGACAAGAAGGUAGGAUCAAACUGGCUGCUGAACUUUUCAGACGAAACAGCAAAAGCAAACCUCAAACAGUUUAGUCACUUACAACAUUUGGAGCAAAACGGUCACCCACAAUACAGACACGCAUCAUUUUCCGCCGUGUCCGGGGCUUCAUACACCAAUUUGAAAGAUGCUCUCGCUAUACAAAGCCAUCAGUUUGCUGAUGUACCACAGCAGGUGGGAUUUGCUACACCUCAACACACAGCGGCAGAGAUAGACUCAAAAGGUCUUUCUUCGCUUGAUUUUGGCAACUUAGCUGACUGGUAUGGCGAUGAAGUUGCUAACAAGGGUGACUUCAUGGAACUCGCAAGUGAUUUGGAGUUGACACAUCCUACGCUUCAACCAAAGAACCCAACUUCGGCUCAGUCUGUGGGCCGCCAGGGCUUCCAAACUCGCUUGAACACCAUUCCUUCUGAAUCUCAAUUGGCUGGGAAUAAUGAUAUGUUCGAUAUGAAUUACUAUACAAGUCAAAUCCACCAGUUCAAUAGUCCCAGCCAUCCCCACUACAUCAAAGACAAUGCUCUUUUGAACCUUGGUCUUCCAACCUCUUUAGACGGCCAACUGGACUUACUAGGCGCAACAAACAACGGUGGUGCUUUGGACGGACAGCAUUCAUCCAGUAGUCCUUCGCUGGUUCAGCCACCACAGAAGGAUAAUUCAAAAGAGUCCGACUCUAGCUCUUCCGAUAAAGCCUCGAAAUCUAAGGCUGCUAGACAGCCGCAGAUUCGUAAACACAAGUCAUCCUCAGUCUCCUUAGACAAGGACUUCAAAAGAGCCAAGUUGGGCUUUGUGAACGACACAGCGAAUCUUGAUUGGGUCAAUGAGAUUAUGGCCGUCCCAGUCGCCCAAGAAUUUCCACAAGCCUCUCAUGAAACUGGCUUCAUGAGUAUGCCUUAUCUUAAUAACAAUCACCUGCCAGAUGAGGUCCUCACUCUAUUUAAGCACAGGCAAGAUGACUUGGUGAAGCAAAGAAGUCUCGUGAACACUGCAGAGGUGGCUGAUAUUCAAACAGGAAGACUUAGUCAGCCUAUGUCUCGAGCACCAUCUUCAAAAGUCCAGUUCACCAUUGGAGAUGGUCCUCAACAAGACUGUGUUACGAAAGAGCUCAGAGACAGGAUCAUUUUGAUUAGCAACAUGUCUGACUCUCAAUUCCCUCCAUUAGAUGAUCUAAAUUCUUAUAUGUCACUUUACGAGAGCGAGUUCAACACAUACUUCCCCUUCAUCCACAUGCCUUCCUUAAGAAACCCAAUGGUCGACAAUUUUGAAAACAUCCCGUUGAUACUUUCGAUGUGUGCUAUUGGCGCUCUCUACUCCUAUCAUGAUUCGAAUUCCUUAUUACUUUUCAACUUGUCCAAGUAUCAUAUUCACAAUUUCUUUGAGAAGGAAGUGACGGCAGACAAGCUACAUCAGAGAAAGGUUCCGUUGAUGGCUCACCAAUCCCUUGUGCUUCAUAUAUUCAUCUCUAUGUUUCUCAACGAGCCAAACAUGCUAGAAAUCACGACGAAGCAAAUGAACUCCAUGGUUGGGUUGAUUAGAUCCACAAACUUUCACAGACCACUUGACCAGUUCUUGAUUCCUCCCCCAGCGAUUAAAAGCGAGACUGAACUCGGGACAAUACAGAAUAACUACGAUUAUUUUAUCAUGGCUCAAACGAGAAUUAGGACAAUUCUUUGCUUCUAUGAGCUUGAGGUAAUUCGCUCAUGUCUUUUGGGUUCGCCAAUGCCAAUGAGCGGUACUGAACUUUUGAGCGGCACUCCCUGUAUUGAUGAACUCCUUUACAAGGCCGACAAUUCUCGUGACUGGUAUCACAGAUACUUGAUGUCUGAAAGUAAGGAUUUGGUGAAGCUCACGAACAAUACAGGACUCAACGACUUGUUUCAACAGCUAGUAAAGCAAUACCCGCUUAGCCUGAAAUUGCCAUUCCAGACAUUGUUGGUUCUUUUAAUGUUUGUUCACGAGAUGAUAUCAAAAGAGUGGAAGUCACACGGGGAAAAUAUGAGUCUGUUCAGAUGGAGAACUAGAAGCAAGCCAAUACUUGAAAACCUUCUUGAAUCAUGGGAAGUGCUCUUUGCAAAGAAUGGCGGCUUUUUUAAGGUAAAUUCUUACAAUCGCCACCUUCUUAAUGAGCACAAGGAACUCCAAAUGAUUUUGCCGCUUCUUUUACUCGCAAGAUUGAGAUUGUGUGUGAACAUCACACCAGUGACAGAAAAGGUACUUCAAAAGGAUUGGAUGCUGAUGUCAAACCUUCUUAACAGGCUUGAGGAUGAUGCAGAUGCUUUAAAGGCAGCAGCAACCCAUGCAUUGGAGAUUUUACGUAUUUGGGCUCACAAUAUCUCUCUGCUUAGCGAUUCCAAGCAGGUUUCAGUGAGAACACCAGUUUUCUUUGUUACUUGUAUUUUUGCGGCCAUGUUGGUUUUGCAGAAGGCCCUUCACUCGUUGGAGAAGCAAGGGACGCUUAGUGUUCGGGACAGAGUGUUCUGGCUUGAGUGUGAAGCUGUGUUGACCACUGUUGAGAGAACGCUCUCACCAAACGAAGACUCAGAAUCGUAUUCCGAAUUUUUACGCAAGCUGUCACAAGGAGUGUUCGACUUUGUCUUAAGUAAGUCGUUCAAGACUAAUGUGAACACAGCCAUUGGUUUUGCCAAUAGCGACGAUAUGGAGAACUUCGAUAAAGCGAUCGGUCAAUGCAAGCUCUCAGUGCAAGUACUUGGGCUUGGAGUCCGUAUACUUGCCGAUGCUCCACUUUGGCCAUUAGCCAUGGGAUUCGCUGAAGCAUUUAAGAACGUUGCUAUCCAUAACAAAGACUAA